AUGUGUAAUUUCAGGGGAUUGUGGAAUGUUCCAUUCAUAAGCAACUGUUAUCUAUUGAAAGUCGAUUUGUUCAGACAGCCAAGUCUCAAAGAAGUCACUUUUAAAGUGGAGGGCCGCGACCCAGAUAUGGUAUUCUGCGAGAGUCUUAGAGAACGGGGUGUCUUUAUGUACGUUAACAAUGAAGAAGCGUACGGGCAUUUGAUAAAUCCCGAAUGGUUCGACACUCGCCACACCAAUCCAGACAUUUACGAAAUCAUUCAUAAUAGACAAGAGUGGGAAGAUCGCUACAUUUCCCCUGAAUACUGGCAGAGCUUGGAAAAGACAUAUGAGCCGUCCAUGCCAUGUCCUGACGUUUAUUGGUUCCCAGUGGUGACUCCACGGUUCUGCAAGGAGUGGAUCGAAGUUAUGGAGGCGUAUGGAAAAUGGAGCGACGGGUCCAACAAGGACACUCGUUUAGAAGGAGGGUACGAAGCAGUACCGACUCGUGAUAUUCAUAUGAAGCAAGUUGGUUUGGAGACUCAAUGGUUGAGGUUCCUCAAGGAUUACAUAAGACCUCUCCAAGAGAAGACCUUCCUUGGCUACUACCACGAUCCACCGGUUUCAUUAAUGAACUUUGUGGUGCGAUACCGACCUGAUGAGCAGCCAUCGCUAAGACCUCACCAUGAUUCUUCAACGUACACGAUCAAUUUGGCGUUGAACACUGUGGGAGAGGAUUAUACUGGUGGUGGAUGCAGGUUUAUCCGUUAUAACUGCUCAGUACAGGAUACAAAGCGUGGAUGGAUUCUAAUGCACCCAGGAAGACUUACACACUAUCACGAGGGUCUGAAGGUCAUAUCUGGUACAAGGUACAUCAUGAUAUCCUUUAUUGACCCAUAG